AUGGAAAACCCAAAUGUUGACGCGAAGGAAGACAAUCAAGUGAAUGGAGAGAAGCCUCCACCGCGAGUAUGUCCAAGGUGCACCUCUGAAAACACCAAGUUCUGUUACUACAACAAUUAUAGCGUGUCUCAACCACGCUACUUCUGCAAGAAUUGUCGUCGAUACUGGACUCAAGGUGGGGCUUUGAGGAAUAUACCGAUCGGUGGAAGCUGUCGUAAAGCCAAGCGUCCAAGGAUAGAGGCGCCACCUUCUCUUUCUCAGGAAACCAACGAGUUUCUCGGAUCUUUUGGUGGUUCUGCUUCUUCUGUUGUUGUUGGGAACCAUUACGGUUCCUUGCCUGAGAUCAUAACCGUAUUACCUGUUAUCUAUUUCCUAUAA